GAAAACGAAGUGAACAGCAUUUGUUUUUUUCACAUUUAAUAGUCAUAUACCUUAUGGGAGACAGUGUUGGUGGUGGAUUGUAAAUGAUAUCAAGACGAAAGGAUAAUCAGUAGGAAACUACAACAAAUACUCAAAGAUGACUAAGAUAAAAUCACUGGGAACUACUAUUUGACCUAACGAACACUAAGAAGGCAGGAUACACUAAAGUUAAUGAAUAGUUUAUUAAAAAAAAUAUGAAGAGUGCAGAAUAUCUGAAGGGGGAACAAUAUGACAGCAUCCCAUCCCCUUAACAUAUAGAAUCUAAUCAUCUUUUUCGUUGUUCGUGGUGUCGCCCUCUGGUGGAUGCCUCGUCGUUUCAGCUUCAGUCGUUUCCUUGUGGUGUUGAGAAAAGGUUCCAGGAUGCCUGUGAUCUGCAGUGACUCUGAAGAUGGUGUUAAUGGUGCUGACGGAAACUGGUUAUGUAACGUUAAUGAAAAUGAUAGUGGUGAAGGUGUGAAAGUGGAGAUAGUGACGGUGGUGUUGGUGUUGAUGAUGGUAGUGGCAGAGACGCUGAUGGGAAAAAUGGUGUUGGUAAUAGUGUCAGUUGAUGACUAUAGGUAGUGAAAGAGGAUGAUAGUGAUGAUAGGGAUGGUUUUGGUGAUAAUGAUGGUGAUGACAGUGAUAGAAUAUGGUGAUGGUACUGGGGGUGAUUCUGAUAUUGAGGAUAAUGGUGAUAAUAUAAAACAAAUAGUAGGCUACAGGUGGUGAUAGUGAUGGUGAUAUAAAAAUGAUAGUGACCUUGCUUACCUGUCGUUACCUGAAGCUUGAACGCGACGGCCGGAGCGAGGAAUCUUGAGUCUUGUUCCUGGUCAUGUCUGCGUCACGUCUGUCUCUUGUCAGGUUUUCAGCCGGCGCCAUGCGGGGGCUCGGUAAGGUUGGCUGCCCUGCGUGUUUACAAAUAAAGGCGGCAAGGAGGAAUUUGAAGGCGAGGCGCGGCGGGGUUUCAUAUCUCUUAUCCCAUAAGAAAAAUCAGCAUCAGUCAGCAUGGGGUUGAGUGGCCUUCCCGGGUUCUGGAUGUCCAUCAUAGGUGACAGCAGCAUCCAGGAGCAGCUGGUGUCCACGAUGAGGGUGGCGGAUGAGGAGGAGCGCGCCCUCACCCUCCUCACCCGCACACUCUUCCUCAUCAUUAUGGAGAUCAAAUGUGAGCGGGACGAGGCGCUGAGGACCUCCGAGGGCAUGAUGGAGGUGGUGGACGGCUGUGACUCCUGCCGAGCCAAGGUUGUGGGUGAACCUGACAGAAUAUCCGUUGGCUCUGAUCUGCAAUUCUCAAAGUCCGAAACCACUUCAGAGAAAGAUGCACACCCAGGAAAAUUUUAUGAGGGUAGAUCCAAAGUCUCUCACAAGGAAAGCAUUAAAGAGGAAGAAGAGGAAGAAAAAGAAGAGGAGGGAGAGACGUCAAUAACCCAAGUGUCUGACGUGGUUCUGGUUCCUUCGACACUGGACAUGGAGAGCUGCUUUCCCGAGACUCAGCGGCAGAGAAGCAUAACAACGCAGAGAGGGUUUGUGGUGGAGACGCUGGACAUGAAUGAAAGCAUCACACAAAACACAAGCGACAUGUUCCACGAGGAGGAGGAGGAUGACGACGGGGACACACAACACACACUCAAGCCUCAUUUUAAAGCAUUCGAUCUCACACAACCCAACACCCAAGACACACAACAGACCCUGAAAGCAUCGGAACACCACACUCCGACUAAGUGGCGUUCACCCCUUCCGCCCCAAGGAAAGAACUCAGCUUCAGGGAGGAUGAGAGGCAGAGGAAGGCACUCAAGUAAACCAAAAGGGGACAUGAGACACAGCCCGUACAAAACACAGCAUGAAGCACAAAAUAACUCCCACAGUAACGUAUCCAAGCACAGGAACAAGCAAAGAUCAGGAUACUUAAAGGAGGUGGAGGAGGAGGAGUACACGGAAGACGUCACAGUAGAGAGCGAGAAUCAGUUCAGGACAUCAAGGAGAGGGAACAGUCUAUCCCCACACAGACAGCAGGACAACAGGACACUAAGGACACCAAGCAGGAGCAGCCAGGGUGAGAACGGAUCCCCUGAAGGCAGCCCAGUGUUCAAAAGGAGCGGGAAGCUGAGACGCAUCACACAGUCACCGAGCGCAGAGGCAAAAAGAGACAUUUCACAAGCGUUUAAUGUCCUGCAGAAUAGAGAUGAGGGGUCGGGUAACAGAGGGACACCAGAGAAAGGGAAGAGAAGCCCGAAGGAAAGCAGACAGCAGCAGGAGAAUCAUGUUUCCCUCCCCUCACCAGCAGAGAAAGGGAAACGGAGUCCAAGGGUGAGCAGGCAUGAUGAGGGGAACCGUCUAUCAUUCCCCUCACCAGCAGAGAAGGGGAAGGGGAGUCCGAAGGGAAGCAGGGAGCGGGGGAACCAUCAAGCCCUGCCUUCACCUCUACCCUCACCCCUGCCCUCGCCUCAUAAUGUCUCGGAUGAACUCACCUCCCCCUCCAUUCUGAAGCCUUUCGGUGUGGCCUCGCUUGCUAAGAAUCUGCCACUUCUCCACUGCCUCAACUCGGCCCAGCAGAGGCAUGGCGAAAGAGGAGGAGAAACAGGAGGACAGAAAGAAGAAUUAGAAGGAAUAAAAAAAGGAGGAGGAGGAGAAAUAGGUGGAAUAAAAGCUGAGGAAGGAGAAGCAGAAGAAAAAAGAGGCAAUACAAGAGGAGGAGGAAGGGAAACUAAAGAAAGGGGAGAAUCAGAAGGAGUAGAAAAAAGAGGGCGAGGAGGAGGAGGAGGAGGAGGCGUCCCUUUCACAAGAUCAGCGUCCUCCCUUAAUACCAUCACAUCUGCAAGAAAACUCUCCCUCAGAAGGCACCAGACGGAGGACACGAAGAGGAUGGUCACACCAGCGGCGGGGACAAGCGGAUCGAGGCACCAACACUUCACUCUCUCUCCGCCCAACCCACAGCGGAAGAAGCCGGGCUACAAACAGAUGACCGUGUACAACUACCUCAACCCCAAGACUGCCGCCACGUCCAAGCCCAGCGGCAGCGGUGAGAGGAGGGUCUUUGUGGAUGACGAGGAGGCGCUGCGACUGGCCAUGGAGGAAUCCUUAAAGUUGAAAGCUCUGGCGGACAUGGGACGAGAGCUGGACCAGAGGGAGCGAGAGGGGAUGGAAACCACCAGCCAAGCCCAACAGCCCAUCAAGGAAAGCCCCAUCAAGCUACCCAACCUAAGAUCAGACCAAUCCAGCCUCAACCCAGCCAGCAGCAGCCCCAAAACAGCCCUCAGGAGUCCAAGAUUAACCAAGAAUAGCCCAAGACCAACCCAACUUAGUUCUAAAUUGUCCCUCAGAAGUCCAGAUAUUAAGUCCAGUGUUAAGAGAAAGAUCAUAGAGGAGGAAGAACAGGGAAAGGGAGCAAAGGGGAAGAUGGAAAAAGGGGAUAAGGGAAGGGAACGAGAUACAAAUGAAGAGGAAAAAGAGGAAGAGGAAGGAGUAAGACAAGGAAGAGGGACAAGUGGGGUGAAGAGGAAGCUGAAAGAAGAGGAAGAGGAAGAGGAGGAGAUGUUGCCCUCAGCCCAAGUGGAAGGAAAAGCAGGUGUGAAGAUUGAGAGCAAGGAGAAUGCGAGCCCAGGGAAGGGAGGAGCUGAGGAGAGGAGGGACCCGCCUGUGAAGAGGAGCAACAGGGAGGAAGAGUUUGAGGAUAGCUUCGACAUCCUGCCUGAGAGGGAGGAGCCGCAGUUUGCACACAUGGGGGCGGUGGUGAGGAAGAAGGACGCUCGUAAGCAGCUGGAGGGUUGGCCGUGCAAGCAGUGUGGGGAGUUUUACAAGAAUGCCGGGAGUUCCACUCAGGAAGUGAAGGAGCUGAUAAAUAAGUGUUCCCGUCACCGCAGCAAGCACAAGCCCCUCUCCAACACCCCCGAAGGAUUUUGGAACCCUUUCUUCGACGAUUGAAGGCAUGGUGAUGGUUCUGAGCCUUGCUAAUGGAGGGAUUGAAGUGGUGGCAAAGAAUUCCGAGCUCUUGAUUGGUGAUGGAAGGAGUAGUGUUGAGGUAAGGGGAGGUAAGCUGGGGUAGUGUUGAAGGUAAGAAGGGUAGUGUUGAAGGUUUAGGAGAGGGUGAGGAGGGGUAGUAUUGAGGAAAGACAGCAUUAACCCGGUAGCAGUGACAGGCCAAAUUUGUGGUUUUACCGUGUAGCAGCGACAGGCCAAAUUUUUGCCAUAAUAUAAACCCCCCAAAAUAGACGAUGCAUAAACUGAUCGCGAAUGCGUUGAGGUAUAUUAUGAAAUAGUUUGUGUGAGUGAUGAUUUUCUCUCAUUUUUCUCGCUAUAGAAACAUGAUCCCUGUAGCUACUGGAUUAAUUUGGUCGGUUAAUUUGAGUUUGCUAAGUGUUGAAAAAAAUAAUGUCAAAUAUUGUUUAGAGGGAAAUAUAUUUAUCAUGUACAAAAAUAUUGACUAAUAAGUGGAAAUAUUUGGUGAAUACUCAAGUUGUAAGUGUAUUUCUUGCAACACUCAAAUGCAGUCCCAAAGGAAUUAAGAAUGGUUUAGUGAAAUACAAGGAAAGAUUUAGCACCGACUGUAUGCAGUGAAAUGCAAGGAUGAAAAGAGGUACUGAACAUGUGUAGAAGUCAAUGCUGAGAUAUGUAAAUUCUUAGAAAACUUGAUCUGGCCCACUCCCUCACCAUCCCUGCCCUCAAGAUCGUCCAGAAGAAUCACCAUUUUUCCCGAGAUGCUGAACAUAUGUUAGUCAAUGCUGAAAUAUGUAAAUUCUUAGAAAAAUUGUUCUGGCCCUCUCCCUCACCUUUCCUCCCCUCAAAACCUUCCAUUUCCACACAUCACCAAACAUUAUCGGGCCAUUUCCAUACAUCACCAAAUAUUACUGGGCCAUUUCCAUACAUCACCAAAUAUUACUGGGCCAUUUCCAUACAUCACCAAACAUUACUGGGCCAUUUCCAUACAUCACCAAACAUUACUGGGCCAUUUCCAUACAUCACCAAACAUUACUGGGCCAUUUCCAUACAUCACCAAAUAUUACUGGGCCAUUUCCACACAUCACCAACCAUUACUGGGCCAUUUCCAUACAUCACCAAAUAUUACUGGGCCAUUUCCAUACAUCACCAAACAUUACUGGGCCAUUUCCAUACAUCACCAAACAUUACUGGGCCAUUUCCAUACAUCACCAAACAUUACUGGGCCAUUUCCAUACAUCACCAAAUAUUACUGGGCCAUUUCCAUACAUCACCAAAUAUUACUGGGCCAUUUCCAUACAUCACCAAAUAUUACUGGGCCAUUUCCAUACAUCACCAAAUAUUACUGGGCCAUUUCCAUACAUCACCAAAUAUUACUGGGCCAUUUCCAUACAUCACCAAACAUUACUGGGCCAUUUCCAUACAUCACCAAACAUUACUGGGCCAUUUCCAUACAUCACCAAACAUUACUGGGCCA